GCUAACCAUAAGCUCCUGACCUAGACAAUUCUUCAAGUACAAAAUGUACCAAAAUGUACAAUCAAUAACUUCCGGUUAGUUGUCAAUUGCAUGGGCCUAACUGGUAAUGGCCCAUUUCUUCUAAACCCAUUAUUCAGACAAGCCGAAGGAUCCCAAAACCCUACUUGAAAGAACUGCCCACGUAGGGUUUUAUUCCAUCUCUCUCCCGAAAUCCCCGGCAGGACAACCUUGAACAAUCUUAAACUAUGAACUCGACAAAGCUGUUCUCAAAAUCCCUAACCCAAAAUGGGUUGAUUAGCAGAUUUUAUUAUACAAAUAGGGUCAACAAGGCCACUUUGUAUUCCAGAAUCAGCCCUUUGGGAAGCCCUGACAAAAGCGUUGAAGCUGAGCUUGAAAACUGGCUUAAAAAUGGGAACAACGUUCGAGUCGCUGAGCUUCAACGCAUCAUCCACGAUCUUCGCAAACGAAAGCGCUUCACUCAAGCUCUUGAGGUUUCUGAAUGGAUGAAUAAGAAGGGUCUUUGUGCCUUUUCUUCUACUGAACAUGCUGUGCAGUUGGAUCUCAUUGGUAAAGUUCGUGGAUUUCUUUCUGCAGAAACCUAUUUUGAUAAACUGAAGGACCAAGAUAAAACUGAAAAGACUUAUGGUGCUCUUCUCAACUGUUAUGUGCGGCAGCGCCAGACAGACAAGUCCCUCUCUCAUUUGCAAAAAAUGAAGGAGUUGGGUUUUGCCUCAUCAACUCUUACGUACAAUGAUAUCAUGUGCCUCUACACAAAUAUCGGAAUGCAUGAGAAGGUACCUGAUGUAAUGAUGGAGAUGAAAGAGAACAGAGUCUCCCCUGACAACUUCAGUUACAGAAUCUGCAUCAAUUCCUAUGGUGUAAGGUCUGAUAUUGAGGGAAUGGAAAGAAUUUUAACAGAGAUGGUGAGUCAACCUCAGAUUGAGAUGGAUUGGAACACAUAUGCUGUUGUCGCCAAUUUUUACAUAAAAGCAGGUCUUACUGAAAAGGCCAUUGAUGCUCUUAAAAAAUCAGAACAGAAGCUAGAUAAUAAAGAUGGAACUGGUUACAAUCAUCUAAUAUCACUAUAUGCAAGCUUGGGGAAUAAAGCUGAGGUCUUGAGGUUAUGGGGUCUAGAGAAAGAUGCUUGUAAAAGGUAUAUUAAUAAGGACUUUAUUACCAUGCUGCAAUCUCUUGUGAAGCUUGAUGAAUUUGAAGAAGCUGAGAAAGUACUCAAAGAGUGGGAAUCAUCUGGCAACUAUUAUGAUUUUCGGAUACCAAACAUUGCCAUUAUUGGGUACGCUAAAAAGGGUCUACAUGAAAAGGCAGAAGCGAUGCUUGAAAACCUGAUGAAAAAAGGGAAGGCAACCACUCCUAACAGUUGGGGCGUUGUGGCAACAGGUUAUCUAGAUAAAGGUCAGGUGAAAAAAGCUUUGGGGUGCGUGAAGGCUGCUUUAUCUGUAACUGUGGAGAAUAAGGGUUGGAAACCCAAUCAUAAGGUGAUUUCAAGCAUCUUAGAUUGGCUAGGUGAUGAAGGCAGUAUUCAAGAUGUGGAAGAUUUUGUAGCGUCAUUGAGGAAAACCAUUCCAGUUGACAGAAAAAUGUAUCAUGCCUUGUUGAAGGCAAAUAUAAGAGAUGGUAAAAGAGUGGAUAAACUUCUGGCGGCCAUGAAAGCUGAUAAAAUAGAUGAAGAUGAAGAAACAAAAACGAUAUUGGCGAUGAAGUCUCGCUAAAAUUCCAAUGGCGGUGUUCUUCGUCAUUCAUUCAUCUAUACAUGUUAUUCCAUCUGGUGGCCAUAGUUUCUGUUCAGACUUAGAACGUACUUUUCUUUUUGUUAGUUCAUUUUGAAUUUUUUUUGCAAGAGUGGUCAAAUUGAACACUGCUUUUGAGGAGCAUUUCACCUAGUUACAAUCUUGCAUUU